AUGACAACUAAUGUCAUAAUUGAAAUAUUUUCGAUUUUAUUACAUUGGUUCGUAAUUAAUAUUUUAAUUUGCUAUAAACUGUGUACGUGAUUUUGUUUAAAUACUUUAUUUUGUAAAAAUGUCUUUUCUGGCCGUGAAAAUAAAUUAUGGACCCUGCAACACAUUUGAUAAUUGUAUACAUAAACCACAAUUGCUCCAAGGCUUAAGAGAAUGCCUGAUCAGACUGGGUUACCGAGUCAUAAUCAAUCCAGUACAGUUCCUAAACUAUUGCAUGAUCGAAAUGUGUGGACAUGAGGUAUGGCGCUGUGACAUAAAGAACUUGAAAUUCAACACGGCUUUCGAUCAAGACCCAGUUUGCAAGCGUGCCGUGGAAGCCGUGAUAACAUCAAGUGUCAAAUUCCGUCGCGCCAGAGCCUACCUCUGGUUCUGGUCUCUGAUAGACCGCGAGCUCUUCAGAAGAACGGAAUAUUUCCCUAUAGACUACUGGCCAGACACCAUUGAUUCCAAAGAAUAUAGUUCGAUUGAAGAAUGUUUAGAAUGCUGCAAAUUUCUUACGAUUCCACGCGUCGAAGACUCCAAUGUUGAUAUUUCUAAAUAAUUACCAUUUUGUCAUCUGGAUGCUAUUUCGAGAUUUUCCGGGGGAAUCUAUAAAACUCCAUAAUUUCUAUCAAAAAGGAAUUAAACAGAUUCAACUCUUCUCUCAUGCGGACAUAACGAAAGAAAAUAGGAAUUAAUCUUUAUUUUUUAUACUUUAAGUUUACCUACUCGUAACACAUAAGUCUAACUGUAACUAAAAUAAUUUAAUAUCAUUCAGGUAAAUAAAAUUCCGAAUCAAACAAUUUACAAAAUGUUAAAUAAAAUAAAGUUAUUAGGCAUGUUAAUAUUAAUUUUAUAUUUUAGCUAUUGUUUGUUUUAAAUUAUUGAGGAGCUCGACAGUGCAGUGUAAAAAUAGUUGCGGUUUGGUGCGUGUAGCCUGUAACCUUUUUGGUCAGAAAAGCCUGAAAAACCACUUGCAACUCUUGUAGGGUACCUACUACGUCUAUGGUUUCAAAUGAAAACUUUGUGUGUGCCUUAACACAUAGACAAAUACCCAAAAAAAGAAAAA